UCUGACCUGCUCAUAAACUUCUGCUUUCUCACCCGUUACUUUCUUCCAACAGAUCGUGUUGUGGAAAGUUUCAGUGACGCACAUAAGGAAGAUGACACCAGCUUCUGCGGCACCUCCUUCGCGAACACACAAUCAGAAAUAAUGACUACUAUUUCUGAAUGGACAUGACAUAUUCGUCUGCCGCUGCCUCUCUUGAACUUGCAGGAUACUUCGGGCCAUUCACUUGGCUUCCCCCCUCUCUCUCCCCUCCCUGGUUCUGUGCCCGCGGGCUGUUGAUUGAGUUUACUCAGGAGGGUAAUUAUUAAUAGAUGUCCCUGGCUUGUACUGAUGAGUCUCACAAUAAACCUGUACGAGUUGUGAUGUGGGCAUGUGUGUGUCACAUCCCUCCACUGAGACCAGAACCAUGUCUUCUACCAAGCGCCGGGCAACAGCAUGAAGCCACCAAACUUCUCCUGGCUCUUCCUUUGUCCGUGGUUGCUGGUCGUGAGCGGGGAUGGUGGGACAGGAGAGGAGACGUGGGCCAAGUUUGCGAACCUGCCUUACCCUGAAGACAACCUCUUCCUGCACGACACCUUCCCCGAGGACUUCAUCUGGUCGGUGGGGACAUCAGCCUACCAGACAGAAGGUGGCUGGAGACAAGAUGGGAAAGGUCCGUCUAUAUGGGAUACCUUCAGUCACCAGCAACUCCGUUGCAACGGAGACGUGGCCAGCGACAGCUACAAUAACGUAGAGGGGGAUGUAUCUGCCAUUAAGUCCUUGGGUGUCACACACUACCGCUUCUCCAUCGCCUGGUCCAGGGUCUUUCCAGAUGGUCUGGUGUCAAACCUCAACGAAGCUGGACUGAGCCAUUACACCCAUCUGCUCCAAAGGCUCCGAGAUGUUGGCGUGGAGCCCAUAGUGACUCUAUACCACUGGGAUUUGCCCCAAACUCUCCAAGACCUUCAUGGAGGUUGGAUCAACGAAACCUUGGUGGACCUCUUCAGUCAAUACGCGGAGUUCUGUUUCAGUGCCUUUGGAGACCGGGUGAAGUAUUGGAUCACCAUAGACAACCCUUAUGCGUUGGCUUGGCAAGGGUAUGGCACGGGGCAACUCGCUCCUGGCAUUCAGGGCACUCUCACUGCACCCUACACAGCGGCACACAACCUGAUUAAGGCCCAUGCCAAGACGUGGCACAUCUACAAUGACCGUUUCCGUCAGUCUCAGCAAGGUUACGUGUCAAUUGCUUUGGCUUCCCACUGGGUUGGGCCAAGGAAUGGCGACAUUAAUCCGGAAACAGUGCAUCUAUGUCAGUGCUCCAUCAACUCAGUACUGGGCUGGUUCGCCAAGCCGAUAUUCGUGGACGGCGAUUAUCCAACCUGCAUGAAAGACAACCUCAAAUCGUUGCUGCCAGCAUUCGACGAUGCAGAAAAAUUGAAAAUAAAGAACACCGCAGAUUUCUUUGCUCUUUCAUUUGGACCUCUGAGCUUCCGACUAUUGGACUCAAAGCUGCUGUUCAACCAAUCAAAGAAAUACCAACUGAGGCAACUUCUCUCUUGGAUUCAAAUCGAAUACAACAAUUCAAAAAUACUAAUUGUCGAGAAUGGCUGGGAUGACAGCAGCAGUAACACAAAAACAGCAGACGUUUAUAACAUGUACGCCUUAAAGAACUUCCUCAUGGACGUGUUGAAAGCCAUUAAGUAUGAUGGAGUUGAUGUUAUAGGAUACACUGCCUGGUCGUUGAUAGAUGGGUUUGAAUGGGACGUUGGCUACAGCAAAUGCCGAGGAUUGUUCUACAUUGACUUCCAAAGCAAGAGAAAGGAGAGGUUGCCAAAGUCAUCUGCUUUGUUCUAUCGUCAAGUGAUCCAAGACAAUGGGUUUCCACCAGUCCCAGAAAACAAGCCCAUCAUGGGAACCUUCCCCCAGAGUUUUAUCUGGGGUAUUUCUGAAGAUGUCAUACAGGUGGAAAUGUCGCCUACAACUCCUCAGUUUAUAGAUCGUAAUAUUUACCAAUGGGAUAUUAAUGGCACGGGGAAGCUGGUGAAAAUUAAAGGUGUCAUUGGCCCGAUUCGCAAAGCCCAGUGCACUGACUACACCUCCAUCAGACAAGAGAUCCACUUGUUGCAAGAUACACACGCCACCCACUACCAGUUCUCCCUCAACUGGUCCCUCCUCCUGACCACGGGAGAGUCUACACAGGACAUCCGUGCAAACCUUCGUUAUUACAAAUGCUACAUCAGUGAGCUCCUUCGGGCUAACGUGACUCCGGUGGUGGUGUUGUACCAUCCAACCCUGGAGGACCAGCAGCUCCCCUCAGCCUUGGAGGCCAAGGGGGGCUGGAUGAACACAGCGACUAUGAAGGCAUUUGUGGAGUACGCCCGGUUUUGUUUCACGCAGCUGGGAGACAAGGUGAGACUCUGGAUAACCAUGAGUGAACCAAAUGACAUCAAGCACUUGGAGAGGUACAGAGCCAACUUCACCAUCGUGGGCCACAACUUAAUCAAGGCCCACGCCCUAGUUUGGCACCUCUACAACAACGAAUUCCGCAAGACGCAGGGAGGAGAGGUCUCCGUCUCUCUUCACGCUGAUUGGGUUGACCCUGCCGACCCGUUCUCCCGCGACGACAUUGAAGCGGCUGCCAGCACCUUGGAGUUUGACAUCGGCUGGUUCGCAGAACCCAUUCUGGGCAACGGGGACUAUCCUUUGGUCAUGAGGGACGGCCGGAGUCAAAGGCAACACCUGAUCUGGCGCGACACCUACCUGCCCCACUUCACCCGCCAAGAGAGAGAGUUGGUACGAGGCUCCAUGGACUUUGUGGCCCUGAAUCACUACACCACACACCUUGUCCAUCUGGAGGAGAACACCAAUCCUCAGGAUGGCUCUGAGCUCAAAGUGCAACACCUGAAGGACGCCACUUGGCUGGCAUCGCCAGACGGAAAAGCAGUUGUACCGUGGGGUUUACGGAAACUAUUGAGGUGGAUAAAAUCAAAAUAUGGCAACGUUCCCAUCUACAUCACCUCGAACGGAAUUGAUGAUGAUUCUCCCUCCAAGGACAAGCUGCGAGUCUACUACAUCCAGAGUUACAUUAACGAAGUUUUAAAAGCCUUAAAACUGGACGGAGUAAAUAUCCAUGGCUAUUUUGCAUGGGCUUUAAGAGAUAUUGAUGAGCCAAACUAUGGCCUCUACAACUCCAAUCAAGCUGCAAAGCUGUCCGUUGAAUAUUACAAGUUGAUUGUUGAUAACGGGGGAUUCCCUGCAUCAACAUCACCCCGCGCCAAAUGCCAUCAAGGCUGCAAUCCUUUCUACCUGAGGAAACAGCUGUUAGUUUUCACAUUCUGCACUUUAAGUGUUUUUACAGCAACAAUAUUUUUGAUUAUUUAUUAUUCUUCAAAAAGAUGCAGAAAAUAUAAGUAAUCACAUUUAUUUUAAGGAAAUGUGGAGAAAUUAGCCAUUUGUGUGUUUACAAAAAGAGUGAUAUUUAAAUAGUGCUCUGUUUAGUGAGCUGCUUGGUACUAGUUUGGGGUUGCAACCUUUGAUUUUCUUAAAAGUAUUCCCAUCUCAAGGUUUUAGCUACAUGACUGUGCCUGUACAACGAUCACCCCACUCGAGUCUGCAGGUAAGGUGAGAGGAGGAAUAUUGAGGUGAGAGGGGGGAAAGGUUCAAUGGAGAUGUGAGGGACAGGUUUUUUUACACUGAGGCUGGCGGGUGCCUAUGGCUGACAGAGGUGGUGGUGGAAUAGGUCUGAUAGUGGUGUUUAAGAGGCUUUUAGAUGGGGCACAUGGAAGUGCAGGGAAUGGUGGGGUAUGGAUCAU